UUUCUGCAGGAUUUUUCAUAUGACGACUCAAAAGUGGAGUUUAACGUGGACGCCCCUAAUGGCGUGGUGAUGGAGGGCUACUUGUUCAAAAGGGCUAGCAAUGCCUUCAAGACCUGGAACAGGCGGUGGUUCUCCAUUCAGAACAAUCAGCUGGUCUAUCAGAAGAAGUUGAAGGAUGUACUUACGGUGGUAGUAGAGGAUCUCCGAUUGUGUUCUGUAAAACCAUAUGAGGACAUCGAGAGGAGGUUCUGCUUUGAGGUCGUCUCCCCCUUCAAGUUAAUGAGUCUUGGCGUCCACUGUUCGAAGGUGCGUUCCUUGACCCUCGACUCGUGGGAACCAGAGUUAUUAAAGUUGAUGUGUGAGCUUGGAAACAGCGUCAUCAAUCGCGUUUAUGAAGGUUCCUAUCAAGAGCAGGGUCUGAAGAAACCAUCGCCCUCCAGUUCAAGGCAGGAAAAAGAGGCGUGGAUUCGAGCCAAGUAUGUGGAGAAGAAAUUCCUGAAGAGGCUGGGUUCCACUGAGAUCCUGGUUAAUGGAGAGAGGAAGUCAGAGAGGCGGUGGAGCGUGAAGAAGUGCAGAAGACACAACAGCGCCACCACUGUUCCAAAAACCCAGCGGAGAUACAGACAAGAGCCUGGCAGCACCUCUCCUUCUGCUCUCUCAAUAGCAGCGGCAAAAUUCAGACGAGAGUCUUUGUUUUGCCCGGAUGAGCUGGAUUCUCUCUUCUCUUACUUUGAUAAUGGAUCUGGUCCUCGGAGUCUAAGCAGCGACAGCGGCCUGGGAGGCAGCACAGACGGCAGUACAGACAUCCUGGUGUUUGGCUCAGUGGUGGACAGCGUCACGGAGGAGGAGUGUGAAGAAUCUGAAGACUCGAGCGGUGAGACCGAGCCUGAGACGUCAGACCCGGAGGACAUGAGGGAGAUGGAUCCUGGAACCCUGCUAUAUAAAGCCUCUAAAGCUCGCAAUCUGCCAGUGAUGGCUGAAGCUCUAGCCCACGGCGCCGACGUUAAUUUGGUCAACGACGAGGACGAAGGAAAGACGCCCCUUAUACAAGCUGUUACUGGGGGUUCUCUGGUUGCCUGUGAGUUCCUGCUGCAAAACGCUGCUGAUGUCAACCAAAGAGACGCAAGAGGGAGGGGCCCAUUGUAUCACGCUACUUAUCUAGGGCACACAGGACAGGUGUGUUUGUUUCUCAAAAGAGGAGCUGCGCAGAAUGACUGUGAUGAAGAAGGCAUGGACCCUUUGAGUAUAGCCGUGCAGCAAGCCAAUGCAGAUAUCGUCACGCUGCUGCGACUGGCCAGGAUGAAUGACGAAAUGCGGGAGUCAGAGGGACCGUUUGGACAGCCAGGAGACACUACAUACCUUGACAUCUUCAGGGAAUUUUCCCACAUGGCCUCCAACAACCCGGAGAAGCUGAAGCGUAGGAGUUUGCAUUUCCGACACUCGUUCAGGUAGUCGACUGGAUAUCUGGAGAGGAAAAGUGGCUCCGCUUCACGCUUCUAAGAGACCUACAAGAUACCUGGAGCACCUCCAGUUCAUCAGUCUACCACUUCCUGUUCCUGUUAAAAUGGUGAUAAGCUGUUAGGAUAGAUUGAUUGUGUCUCAGAGGAACUUUUAUUUUGGUAGGGCAAUAUUCUUUUGAGGAACUGCUGGUCUUUUCCUCUUGAAUAUGAAUUUAAAAACCUACUUUCCCUUAAAUGUUGAUGAGCACUUAUUCUGGCUGCGGUCAUAUAUAUAUAAAAAACCAUUUCUGUCAUGUUGGUGAUUGAAGGAAUUUCAUUAUUACCAUAUAUUUUCUCUGUAUGCAUGCAUUACAUUUCAUAUUUUAAACUUACAUUCAAAUACAGCUGAUAAGUUUUACGUUAACCAUCCGUAUUAUACAGUUGCAGUGAUGUUUCUUUGAAUGUGCAGCCUAUUUUGAUAAGAAACGUGUUUUAUUUUGCAUCGACUACGCUGGUCUAGUCCUUCUCUUUGAAUGUACUUUGCUUCACCACUAUGAGAUGAGGUCUUAACGUCCUGUAUGCAUGCUGGAGAAGUGAAAUAAAGUGUUAAUAUAUCAAGAGAAAUGAAUGAAAAUAAAUG